GAAAUUAUCAACAAUAAUUAUGUAAAAAAAACGAAAGCAAACAAUAAUAUUUUUUUUUAGAUAUAUAAGGAAAGCAAUUGACUCGAUAAAAACAACUUUAAUCGAAAUUUUUUUUCAAUUUGCUGUCAGCUACAUUGUGGUAAAUAAAAAAAUAAAAUGUUUCGCGAAUUUUUUAUUCUUGCAAUCAUCACUAUGAUCAUUGUAAAUAGUACGGGAGAUAAUACAGAAAGUAGUACAAAAAGUAGUAUGGAAAGUACUACAGAAGCAGUACGAAUUUGUGGAAGAAACGAGAUCUAUACAGAAAAUAUGGCAGAGGUAGCAUGCCAAUCAGUUUGUUCAAAACAAAAACCUGAUGAUUGUCCACAUCUAAAUGUGAGUGGAUGUAUUUGCCUUGAUGGCUACAAGCGAAGAACACCAGCAAGUGUUUGUAUUUUAGCAUCCGAUUGUCCAGCAAAAGAUCAAGAUCCUGUAGUCCUUUCAGAUGAUUCAGAAGAUUCAGACGAUCCACGAGAUCAAGAUCAAGAUGACCAAGAUGACCAAGAUUCUUCUGACAAUUCAGAAUAAUCAACAGUUAUAUCUC